AUGUCUUUGGGCUGGAAAACCACGUUCAGGCGAGGCGAUGAUUUCCAUGGGGAGAUGGACGGUCCGACGAUCAUUGAAGAUUGUGGCUUUUGGGUUGGACAGCGACGGGCGCGGACGAAACGGGGCGAGACGCGGGGAGGUGUUGUGGGAGGCGGUGGUAGCUGGGUGGAGAAUAGUGGUGGUCGUAGAGACGAGGACGAGCGCAGGAUGGUUGAUGAUGGUGGUGGCGUGCGUGGGGAGAACUCGCAUUUGUUGGUUCUCCAUGGCCCAGACUCUGCUUGUAGCCACAUGGAUGGGGACACUGGGGGGUGCUGGGGGCUGGGGGCUGGGGCCGGAGCCUCCAAGGGCCUUGCGUCUUCCGACAUGCAGUAUGCGGAAUGCGGUCUAGGUAGUCACGACUACUGUGCGUUUAUUGCGCUUGCGUGCCACGAUGCUACAUGCUACGGAUGCCUUGCCAGCCGCUUCGCUAUUCUGAAUGGGCGUCUGGGGCCUCAGCCUAGACAUGGAUGCCAAAGGUGUGAUGCGGAUGCGGGCAAGGGUGCGGGCAUAUCUCAGAUCCAGAAAGCCCCUAGACAGCGUCAAAUCGAGAAGGAUGUGCGAAUCUCUCCGCUAGAAGGGGAGCUAGAGCGAGAUGCCAAGAUGGGUUGGCUGUUGGUGGUUUGGGUUGUGUUUGCAGUGUCAGUGCCAGACGAGGGUUCUCUAAAGCAGCCACCACCCUCUGUUCGAGGUCGGUCAUGCCGGCUUCGGAGGCUGGCAAGGCUGGCAUGGAGAAUUAAUGGCUUGUUCAUUGUUUUGUUUGCCUUCUCUCUAUCAGGAACUACUAGCCAGCCGAGAGCUUCUCUGGCACGCCUGGCAGAUGGCGCCCGCGACGGUGCGCUGGACAGCUCUGCUAGGGCGGCGGUGGGCGCUGUCGCUGGCUGGUUUCGUCCAACUCUGAGGCUUUUCUUCACCUUGGCUCUCCUAGCGGAGCUCUCUAGCGCCCUGGAUGGGCUGGCAUAG